GUGUGUGCUGUUUUAAAGAUUUCCUUUUCCAGCAGUCUCGUAGAGAUAAUGCAUUCCAAAUGAGAUCAUUUCAGCCUGCUCUUCUCCUCAUGUGGGCUGAGUGUUUCUAGCAGAGAGAGCGAACACACGGUUCUUAAUGCCACUGGAUAACAUGAACUAAGUAAAGAGUCGACUGUUUGGCUUCAUUAAGGGACGAAAACGGAUGAAAAUGCACAGCUUUGUGGAUCAGGAACCCACACAUCACUUCUAGACAAGAGGCAGAUAAAUCAGAAACAUGUGUCAUCGCUUUGGUGACCGUCCGGCUCAAUAAGAAGCUCAUCUCUGCCUCUACUUCUCGGCUCUACUCAUUAACUGCUUUCACUUGUUGCCAACAUGCGUCCUUCCCUCGCCACAGCGGUCCUGCCACCCAGGACCCGUUCCCACAAUCCACCCAACCUGUCCGUUGGGGGCCGCGAACACCUGUCGGCCCCACGAAGGCGCAGCCCGCAUCUUCGGCACACCCUCAGCCCGGAGAACCUGCGGACUCUGGCAGAGAGGGGUGGGGCGGCUGUAGAUACCGUGUCCGUGGUGAGCAGCCCCAUUGGGCUUCCGCGGGCAAACAGCGACACUGACCUGGUGACAUCCCAGAGCCGGUCCUCGUUGACAGCGUCCACUCUGGAGUACACGCUGAACCGUGGCCAGAACCUCGUCAUAUCCUGGGACAUAAAGGAGGAAGUGGAUGCUACAGACUGGAUCGGGCUGUACCACAUCGAUGAAACCAGUCCAUCCAACGUGUGGGACUGCAAGAACAGAGGGGUGAAUGGCACCCAGAAGGGUCAGAUCGUGUGGAGGCUCGAGCCCGGGCCCUACUUUAUGGAGCCUGAGACAAAGAUCUGUUUCAAGUACUACCACGGAGUGAGCGGAGCCCUGAGAGCCACGACCCCGUGCAUCACUGUGAAGAACCCAGCAGUCCUGGUGGAAGGGCUGGCUGAGCAGGUCGGAGUCGAACAUCCUCGUAAACUGAUCAGCUUCACUUUGACGGACCUGCGUGCUACUGGCCUGAAGAAGGGGAUGUUUUUUAAUCCUGAUCCGUACCUGAAGAUGUCAAUCCACCCAGGGAAGAGGAGCGUGUUCCCCGUCUUCAGCCACCACGGGCAGGAACGCCGAUCAGCUAUCAUCGCUAACACCACCAACCCCGUCUGGCAUGGAGAGAAAUACACAUUCGUGGCCCUGAUGACGGACAUCCUCUACAUUGAAGUGAAGGACAAGUUUGCCAAGAGCCGGCCGAUCAUCAAGCGCUUCCUUGGCCAGCUUACGAUCCCUGUGCAGCGGCUCAUUGAAAAAAUACCCGGAGUCCAGCCGGUCAGUUUCUCUCUGUGUCGACGCUUGCCCACUGAGCACGUUAGUGGACAGCUGCAGUUCAAAGUUGAGCUCACCUCGACAGGACCGGAUGGUGCCUCUCCUGACUCCAUCAUCGGUGUUUCAUCCUUGAAUGGAGCUCCAGGGACUCCUUCUGAUGAUGAAGACCUGCCUCAUCACCUUCCAGGCUUGGUCUCAGCAGGCCCCUCUCCUACGGGCUCCCAGGGCUCCCAGGGCAUGGGGGAAGGCGCUACCGCAGCCUGUUUGGAAAAGGAGCUUCCUUUCAUCGGAGCAGAGGGCAGAUUUGGGGAUACUGAAAGCAUUGCAGGUCAUGAAAUGCUCCAAGGGUCAUUCAGUGAGAGUCUGGAUGCUAUUGAGGCCCCUAAAGGACCUGGUGAACGACCUCUGGGUGCCGCCUCACCUAAACUGCGCUCUAGUUUCCCGACACACACAAGGCUGAGCGCCAUGCUGCAUAUCGAUUCAGACGAGGAUGAAGAAAGAUCUGGAGCCAAUGACAUCACUCCGGUACCCCUGUCGCCGCUGCUAAUGAACGGAGAGCCUCCUGAUGCCCGUGGUACUGAUGAAGACGACACUGAGGGGCAGCAGGAGCCUGAGCGACCGGUGGGGUCUGUGUUGGAGGCGGGGCCAGUGGGUGGAGGUGCUAAGGCAGAAGACACGGCCCCCGAGGCCCAGGCUGCCGCAGAGGCCGUUGCUGGCACGGACUUAGAGGAUGUUUUGGAGCAGGAUGUUUUUCUUGAAGUGGAAGAGGUUCCAUUCACAGAGGCUGCGUCCCAUGAUGCUUUGCCAGAAGGUGGAGACGCUCCUGAGCAAGGAAGGAUGGCUGGCGAGGAGCCCUUAUCAGAGAUCGAUAGCUGCUCAAUGGCAACAGCCCCCCAGACGGUCUUCUCAUCUUCAGACAGCUGUCCAGUCACACUGACCACCGCUGUGGAAGCAGAGGAGGGAGCAGAGACCGCCAUAGAUCCAGGGGGAGACAUAGACUCUGCCGCACCGCCGACCAAUCAGGCUGUAGAUGGUGAAGGGCAAGGUGCCGCUGCUGAAGCUGAAGCACUGCCACCAACUAGCGAGCAACAGGAGGUGGAGGAGAUCAGCGUGAGGAGGCUGAGUCUGCAGGCUGCAGGGGGCGUGGCUGAACAACAGGAAGGCGAGGCAAAGCCAUCUGAGGAGGCGGGGUCUGCAGAUUCAGAACAAGUUACCACAGAAACAGAAGGAGAGGAAGGUGCUCACGUUAAUGGACAUCCUGUGCGUUCACUUCCUUCUGUGCGUCACGACAUCCACCGAUACCAACGUGUGGACGAGCCUCUGCCUCCCAACUGGGAGGCCCGGAUCGACAGCCAUGGGAGGAUUUUCUUUGUGGACCACGUCAACAGGACCACCACAUGGCAGCGGCCCACCGGACCUCCUGCCCCACAGGGCCUGACCCGCUCCAACUCCAUUCAGCAGAUGGAGCAGCUGAACCGCAGAUAUCAGAGCAUCAGGAGGACCAUCACCAACAGCGAUCGGUCAGAGGAAAGCUCCGUCGACCUGGUUCCUGAACCUGAAAGCGAACUGAUGCCACACUCCAUUUCUGAAUACAGACGAGAAAGCGGCGUCGCACACUCCAGCGGCCGCUCGCGUCUCUCCCUGCUGCUCCAGUCGCCCAGCGCCAAGUUCCUGUGCAGCCCCGACUUCUUCACCGUGCUGCAUUCAAACCCUAGUGCCUAUCGCAUGUUUACGAGCAACACCUGCCUGAAGCACAUGAUCAGCAAGGUGCGUCGAGACACUCACUUCUUCGAGCGCUACCAGCACAACCGCGACCUCGUCACCUUCCUCAACAUGUUCUCCAAUAAGCAGCUGGAGCUUCCCCGGGGCUGGGAGAUGAAGCACGACCACACUGGGAAGCCUUUCUUCGUGGAUCAUAACUGUCGCUCCACGACCUUCAUCGACCCGCGGCUGCCCCUCCAGAGUUCUCGCUCCACCGGGCUGCUGGCCCACCGCCAGCAUCUGAGCCGCCAGCGCAGCCACAGUGCCGGGGAGUGUUUACUGUUGUCACAGGUGGUGGAUGACUCUCGCCAAACCAACCCGCCCGUCCUGCCCCGCCCCUCCAGCACCUUCAGCGGCUCCAGUCGGAGUCAGUACCACGACGUGGUGCCUGUGGCCUACAAUGACAAGAUAGUGGCGUUUCUACGGCAACCCAAUAUAUUUGAAAUCCUGCAGGAAAGGCAGCCUGAGCUCGCCAGGAACCACUCACUCAAGGAGAAAGUGCAGUUUAUUCGCAGCGAGGGAGUCAACGGCUUGGCUCGCCUCUCCAGUGAUGCUGACCUCGUCAUGCUGCUGAGCUUAUUUGAGGAGGAGGUGAUGUCAUAUGUACCGCCAUUACUCCACCCAGGUUACUGCCUCUCCUCUCCACAGAGCUCCCCCGGUACCCAGAGAGCUAAUGCCCGCGCCCCGGCUCCCUAUAAACGAGAUUUUGAGGCCAAACUGAGGAACUUCUAUCGAAAGCUGGAGACAAAGGGUUAUGGACAGGGACCGGGGAAAGUCAAGCUCAUCAUACGCAGAGAUCACCUUCUGGAGGACGCCUUUAACCAGAUCAUGUGCUACUCCCGUAAAGACCUGCAGAGGAGCAAGCUUUACGUCAGCUUUGUAGGCGAGGACGGGCUGGACUACAGCGGACCCUCCAGAGAGUUUUUCUUCUUGGUCUCUAGAGAGCUGUUCAACCCAUACUAUGGGCUGUUUGAAUAUUCAGCUAAUGACACGUACACCGUCCAGAUCAGCCCCAUGUCUGCCUUCGUGGACAACCACCAUGAAUGGUUUCGUUUCAGCGGGCGCAUCCUGGGGCUGGCCCUUGUUCAUCAGUACCUGCUGGAUGCCUUUUUUACCCGUCCUUUCUAUAAGGGGCUUCUUCGCAUCCCGUGUGACCUGAGUGAUCUGGAGUUCCUGGAUGAGGAGUUCCAUCAGAGUCUACAGUGGAUGAAGGACAAUGACAUCGAAGACAUGCUGGACCUCACCUUCACUGUGAACGAGGAGGUCUUUGGACAGAUCACAGAGCGAGAGCUUAAGCCGGGUGGGGCUGGCAUCCCUGUGUCAGAAAAGAACAAGAAGGAGUAUAUUGAGCGAAUGGUCAAAUGGCGCAUCGAGAGAGGCGUGGCCCAGCAGACAGAGAGCCUGGUCCGAGGCUUCUACGAGGUGGUGGAUGUGCGGCUGGUGUCGGUGUUUGAUGCCAGGGAGCUGGAGCUAGUUAUUGCAGGCACCGCAGAGAUCGACCUGGCAGACUGGAGGAACAACACAGAGUACAGAGGAGGUUACCAUGACAACCACAUAGUGAUUCGCUGGUUCUGGGCGGCUGUGGAAAGAUUCAACAACGAGCAGAGGCUGAGGCUGCUGCAGUUUGUGACGGGCACCUCCAGCAUUCCCUAUGAGGGCUUUGCCUCACUACGAGGAAGUAACGGACCUCGCCGAUUCUGCGUGGAGAAGUGGGGGAAAAUCACCUCCUUACCCAGGGCUCACACUUGCUUUAAUCGUCUGGACCUCCCGCCCUACCCGUCCUUCUCCAUGCUCUACGAGAAGCUGGUAACCGCUGUCGAGGAAACGAGCACGUUCGGCUUGGAGUAACCUCAAAUUGGCCGACACCCAGGAGAGAGAACCAUCUGGAAAUCUGUGUUCCUCACUUAGAGGCAUUAAAAAUAAAACUAAUAUCCUCAAAAGGCAACUAAACCCCCCUCCCUUCCCCUCCCUGGAUGACGCUGCUGUUUUUUCCGACUGGCUUUACAUCACUCGGCACGCCGGCUUUGCUCUGAUUCUCCACCUCCGACAGCUUCAGGACAAAAGACGGAGAAUCGGAGGACGGGUUGAAAAGCUGUACAGUACAAUUUCUUGUUUUCAUGGUAACCUUUGUUCACUGAGCCACAUGUGUGCUUUAUCUCUUUAGUUAAUGGCCUUGGUUACUGGAUUUCUAGCACCUCCUCCUCCUCCACCUCCUCAGAGACAGCUGCUCCAAAAACCCACUGAGUUCCUUUUCCCUUCUCUGGACCUCAAAACUGUGCCCGUCCCGCUCCGGGGCUGCAGUGAUAUGAACUAUAAGACACACCAAUCACCUUUGCACAAAUACACACUUAAGCAUUGUCUUUGUAUUAUGAGUGCAAACCAGUGUUUCCCCCGAGAGUCUUCAUCGGCGCGGGAAGAAGUGACAUUUUAGUCUUUAAACCGAACGCUGGCUGCUUGUGCGAAGAGAGGGGACACACUGGUGUGCACAAAUACACACU